UAAUGCCUGCGGCGAGACCAACCCUGAGCUUCCUUUUCCUCCCCAGAUUGUCGAUCCCGCUCUUUAGCUGUGAACCCUGUGCAGGUUGAAGACGAGCUCAGGUUUAUCGUAUUCGCAAUUACCCACACAACCGACCCGCAUUUGGUUGCACAAUUGAGUCACAGAGUUCGGCGUUUCACAGGAUACACACCAAGCGGCAUUGUUUCUUUUGAAUUCCAGCGUCGGUGGGUGGCAAUCUCCGAUCGCCUUUGAAGGAACCGCUUCGGGGUGGAUCUUUGAGGUUGCUGUUGCGAUUUGCCGUUGGGUUUCUUGGAAUCGUAGAAUCAUGGGUGCUAUUCAGGAGGAGAAGAGCACGGUGCCUGCGACUCUUCCUUACGCGGAGAAAAUGAUGUUACCCUCGAAGCGCUUCAAGAAGAUCUGCGUUUUCUGUGGGAGUAGCAGCGGCAAGAAGGGUGUGUUUAGUAACGAGGCUCUCAACCUCGGCCGCGAAUUGGUGAUCCGGAACAUCGAUUUGGUGUAUGGUGGAGGUAGUAUUGGGCUGAUGGGUCAAGUGGCACAGACAGUCGAAGCUGGAGGCGGCAAAGUAUGUGGCGUUAUUCCAAAGGCAUUGAUUGGAAAAGAACUUACUGGAAGCACAGUGGGGGAGCUGAUAGCGGUGCCAGACAUGCACUCAAGAAAGGCUGAGAUGGCUCGUCAAGCGGAUGCUUUCAUUGCGCUUCCUGGUGGUUACGGCACUUUGGAAGAACUUGUGGAGGUCAUAACCUGGAAUCAGCUCGGCAUUCACAAAAAGCCGGUGGGACUUCUCAACGUGGACGGCUUUUAUGACACAUUGCUCACAUUUUUCGACAAGCAAAUGGAAGAGGAAUUCUUCGACAGCUCAUCCCGGAGCAUAGUAGUGUCCGCCCCGACCGCAAGUGAGUUACUCGACAAGUUGGAGGCUCACUCCCCGACUUUGACCAAGGGUCCCAAGCUGUGCUGGGAGGUGGAGCGACCAAUAGGACUCGGUCUUACGACCACCCCCAUCGCCGGUGUUGGUCAGUGAGUUCUUGACGCAGUAAGCAUUAUUGUCUGAUGACACAGAUCGAACCCCAAAUUGUAUAAAACGAGGAUGCACUUCCGCUUCAGAGCGAAUCUCAAUUCAAGUACCACAGCAUGAUCAAUUUUGACACUACGUAUGAGCCAUCGCAUGCUCACCACCUUGCGCCAAGCAUUCUUUUUGGAUCACAAGUCUUCAGUGUUGACGCUUUGUCUGCUCUGCCCACACAAACGCUGUUGCAGGCUUGUGGAACAGAUGCUGAGCCAUUCAUUGGCGAAUUCACCUUUGCUGGACCGAAGUACAAAAUUUUAUCUUGUAGUUGAGGGCAACUAGCCAUCGACAGAAUAGCAUGAUUGACCACUUUACCUUUUUU